AUGGUGGUAGAGAAAGCAAAUAUAAACAUAAGAAAGGAUGGAGUUCCUAUAGAAAGGGAUGCCGGUGCUCUGCGAUCUCCGGCGGAUUUAACAAGUCCUAAUACUAUGAAUUUUGAUUCGAACAGGAGUCUUGCUGGACCCAAGACCCACAAAACCCAUCAUACUAUUGCCAUUAAACCGAAGCCAGUUCCAGUUGCAGUUUUGCCUAAGCCGGCGUGCCCAAACCUUGCAGGAAGUCUGACUUUGGGCUCUUCCCCCACAUCCUUAAGAAAUAGUAUAUCUUUGAAAAUCAAUACUUCAAAAAAGUGGGUUCUACCACCUCGGCCAAGGCCUGGAAGGAAACCCACGAAUGUGACGCAUGAGGAUAAUAGCGCCAAAAACCAGAGCUCUACUGAAAUAAGUACUUUAGGAUUUGAAAACAGUGAUAAGACAUGCCCCAAAAAGAAAGUGAAAGUGUUGAACGCGUCUUGUAAAUCACCCCCCUCUAAUGGCGCCAACAGGCAGAUCGUAAAUCAAUCAAUUCAGCAAUUAUACAACAGUGGUAAACAAAAAAUCGUUCCUGAUACUUCUAUCAAUGGCACUGAAACAAUCGCAUCAAUUAGCGAAAGAACAACGAUAUCUCAAGUUGGCACCUUUAAGGAAAAAGUGCAGACUGAAGAUGAUUCCGAAUUGAUUGAGUUGAAGAAGACUUACUUAUCGAAACUUAAGGAACAGGAAUUGAUCAAAAACUAUAUUGAUGUCAUUGGUAAUCAAAUCAAAGAAUUAAAUUUUGUGCAAAAUGGAGUAAUUACUUUUGAUGCAUUAAGUAGUGAAGCUGGUAUUCUGAAAACGGCUGAUGAAGAAAAUGGAACGAAGAAAGUGAACACUUAUGAACAGCUAGAACGAAUUAAUAAUAUCAAUGACUUAAAUAAGUUUUUGAGCUACUUGACAAAAUCAUCUGACAUAAUAAGAAGCGUAACUAAGUCAUUUCUCGGAAAUGAAAAGGGUGGAUUAAAUGAACAGAUAAGAAAUUACUUGGAAAUGAGGUCAAAGUAUAAGGUGUCAAAAGAGCAAGAAAAUAGGAAAUUUGGACUCUCAAGGGCAACGCAAAAAGGACAUGAAACAAAGACUACCAAGACUGCUGAUAAUUUUAAGGGACUGUCACUUAUAGGUUCAGUUCCACUCAAAAUGAAUACAUCGUUCACACCUAACUUAUUGAAGCCUUUGAACCAAUCUAUAACAAUUGACUCUGAUGACGAAUUGAAUGAAAUAUGGAAUAAUAAUGACUUAAGUUGUAACUUUGAAUUGACAGACGAAGACUUAAUGAUGGAUAAAUUAAUCUUGAGAAAUGAUAAUGAAAUUUUGAAUGAACCUGGCCAAGAUGCUAAUAGCCAUUCUGCAGCACCAGAAGUACAAGUUGGCAAUGCCAAGAAUAAUGUUGAUAUAAAGCAAAACGUACCUAAGCCUUUAAAAAAGGAUCCCAAGUUUAAUUGUGGGUUCUGCUCCAUCGAUGGGCCGUGCCUUUGUAUGGAAACCGAUAGCGAUCUUAGUAGAUUUAAAAAGACGUGA